AGUUUGGGGAUUGGCCAGCUUGUACUUUCGAUAUCACAUUUUCAGAAAAUUAUAUUGUUUGUUGAUGUCGUUAAGGGAUAGGCUGAUAGGUCAUUUGAUCAUUUCACUUCAACAAACUUCAUAUAUGGAUAUGGAUGUUUUGAGUAGAAAAAGUUAACAGAAAGAAAGAAAGGUUUACAUCAAUGUUUAACUGAAGGAUAAUAUGAGUGAUUCAAGUUCCGAAUCCGAUGAAGAACGAUUCUCUGGAAUUAAACAACCAACCUUACUACAACAGAUCAAAACCAUUCUAGAUGAAUACCGGAAUGAUGUCCAGAUUAUCAAGGAACUCGUGCAAAAUGCGGACGAUGCCGAGGCUACAAAGAUGGGCAUACUGUAUGAAGGUAAUACGUCAGUGGAAAGUGGUCUAGCAAAUCUCAAGUAUGGGAAGUUUUUAAAGACACCAGCUUUGAUAUUUUACAAUGAUGCUGAGUUCAGUGACGCAGAUUGGGAUGGAAUUACAGCCAUAUAUAGCAGCGUGAAGAAAGAUGAUCCUUUAAAGAUAGGUCGCUUUGGUCUUGGAUUCAAGUCUGUCUUUCACAUGACAGAUAAUCCAUGUAUAGUUAGCGGAGAAAAUGCUUUAUUUAUCGAUCCUCAUGAACGACAGUCUGAUAAAGUAUGUGCCAUGAUGAAAAUCGGGAGCUGGAAAAGAUCGAAAUACCAUGGUUACUUGAACAUUUUGAAGGGAACCUUUGGAUUUUCAGAAGAUACAGUAAAGACAGGAAAAUAUCGGGGGACGAUGUUUUGGUUUUCUUUGAGACAAACACCUUCUAAGCUUUCAGAUGACAUCUAUAGAGAAACAGAGGUGCUGCAUCUUUUACAAGCAUUUAUGAAGGAAUCUAGCAGAAGCCUUUUAUUCCUCAAAACAUUAUGCAGUGUAAAGAUGUUUGUCAGUCUUUCUGAGACAGAAGGUGUACCUCCGUCGAAACGUAGAAAGCUAGAAGAAAAUGAUUAUACUCAAGCGACAACUGCUCUUGAAAGUAUGAACUUUGGUAAAGACACAGCAUGCUACUCUGUGGAAGUUAAAAGCAUUAAUGAAGACUUGGUUAAGCAAAAACUUGAAUGUCUAGACAAGUUAAAAAAGACUGGCCAUACUGUCCCAAAAGAUUCAAUACACUGGACAUUCGAUGUCUACGUAAACACAGAAAGAAAGAGUAAAACUGGAGAUGUCAAAGAAGCGAGAUCCCGAUGGUUGAUAGUAAACUACCUGAAAGGCGGAGAGAUCGAUGAGAGAACGAAAGAGCUUAUGGAGGAUAAAGAUUUACGUUACCUUCACCUGGUGGGACUGGCAGCCCCUAUCAGCGAGGAGUGUACCUACAAAAAUGAUGCGGGUCAUAUAUUUUGUUAUCAGCCGCUUCCAGAGGACAGCUCAUCUCUGACAAACUUGCCAGUGCAUUUGAAUGCAUUCUUUGCCUUAAGUCAAAACAGAAGACAGAUAAGAUGGCCUGACAAAAAUGACAUUUUGAAUGCACAGGGGGAUAAGAAGAUUGAAUGGAAUCUCGCGCUGGCAUCUGAGAUGUUUCCUGAAGCUUACAAUGAAUUACUUACAGAAUUGGUUGAAGUAAGCAAGCGAGGCAAAAAUGCAGAACAUCUGGUGAAAGCCGUAUAUAAUUCCGUCCCAAACCUUAAAGAUGUUGAUCCUCAGUGGAAGGACGCAGCUGAAAGAUAUAUCCUCUUAUGCAAAGAUCAGGCUAUACUAUUUACACAUAAAGAUGGUGGUAGUUGGGUUAGUUCACAGAUUGCAGUGCUUGCAGAUUUCAAAAGAUUUCCAACUAUUGGGACAGGCUGUCAACGAACUGUCAUCGACCUUUUACUGGAGGACAAUGUCCAUGUCGUUACAGCCCCAAAACAUGUUUUAACGUCACUCGAGUCAAAAUUUCCAGAUCUUACGUAUGUUACACCGAAUUUCGCCAGAAAUCACAUGAAAAGAUGCACGUCCUACAAAAGUUUAACAUUGGAGCAGAAACAAGAUCUUCUUCAGUUUCUCUCGCUGGAAUUAUUGGAUCGGUCGUUGGAUGAUUUGGAACUUCUCCGUCUUGCGGAUAAUUCGUUUGUGUCGUUUUCCGUGCAAGACCAAAUAUACUUUGAGGAGCAAGACAUAAUUGACCUAUUUCCUGGCAGAGAAAAAGAGUUUGUGUCAGCAGACGUCCGACCGGAAAUAAAAGCGCUAUUAUCAACACUUGCGAAGAAAGGGGAAUACUGUAUUCAAAGAAUGACCGAUGAUGCAAUGGUCAGGUUGCUGCAGGAUGCACUGAAGACAGAUAUAGCAAUAGUUAAACCCAUCGGAAAGAAAACAAAACUGAUGCCUUGGGUAAAAAGAAUUUGGAAUAUGAUACAAACUCGCUUCAAAUCUUCCUUGCGUAAGUUCAUUGGAAUUCCAAUAUUUCCUGUAGUCAUAGAUUAUGAUUUUGCUGAAAAACAAAGAUUUUGUCUGUUGCCGUUACAGUCAAAUGUUUUGUAUGUUCCAUCACUGAGACAGUUUGAGGACAAAGAUAGCAUUUUCAAAUCAAUGGAGAACCUCGCUGUAACUGUAACAGAUAGUAUCUCUGAUUGUGUGGAUUAUAACUUGGUGCAAAGUUACUUGCCAGAGGACACAAGUGAAGGUUUGGUUUCCCUUUUUGCACAAAUAAAUGACAAACAGAUUGAGAAGUUCAAUAGAAAGUCAUCGAGUACAGAAGCAGCAGCACUACUGAAAUUCGUGUCAGAGAGAAUACAUUCAGACGUAUCCAAUAGUAAAAUGAUAUUCCAAAAGCUAAAAUUGUUCAGAGGCUACACCGCAAAAGAAUCAUGGAAGCAUGUGGCUCUGACUGAAUGCAACAAAUUGUAUGAAGGGAAGCAGAUUCCUGUCAAAUUUCCAGAAGUAGUGUUACGAAUGGAAUCAGAUACGGAGGUUUCCUUUGCAAGACGCCUUGACAUAGAAACAGUUUCGGAAACUAUGGUCGUCCAGAAAAUGCUUGAAAAUAUCGAUAUCUAUGGAAUAACGGAAAAACAGACUUUGAUGCGCUGGAUAAUUAAUGAUGAAACUAUUUUCGGCCAGAAUAUGGUACAGACAUACAUGAAGAAGAUUAGAUUUCUAAAUGCUUCGGACGGAAAUGUUUAUAUCCCAUGGGAAUUAUUUGACCCUUCAGACGACCAGCUGAUAUAUUUAUUUAAAAAUCAGCCCGUUUUUCCUAUGGGUGAUUACAUAACCGACCACCGAUACAUGGCAGGCCUAAGAACUCUUGGACUAAAGACAAGAAACCACUUGACAAGUCAAGAUAUAGAAAAGGUAUGUUCCGAAAUCCAAGACAAAGUUCUCGAAGAAAUCGACAUCGACCGAAGACAGUGUAAUGCACUCCUCUUAGUAAUGAAUGAGAAAAGUAAUUUGGUGACGGAUAACCUAUUACACAAACGGUGUAUUAUCGUAAAUCAAAUUACGGAUGAAAAUUAUCCUGCUUGUGUACCUCUUAAAAACGGCAAUACAUCGUCGGCAUCAAUUCUUUGUUGUCCGUCAGAUAUCAAGUCGUUAAAAUAUCUGUACUUAGUUGGAUCAGUUAUAUACAUGUUAAACUGUGAAGAAGCCUUACCUGAUCUGUCACUAAAAUUUGGAUGGCAAACUCAACCAGCUGUAGAUCAAGUCUUGGAACAUCUGUUCAAUGUUGUACAAGGAUUUGAUAUCAACUUCAAAUCUACAUGCCUCUCUAUGAUUGUGAAAAUAUAUAAAUGGCUGUCGGAGCAGUGUGAGUGCGGUACAGAGAAGCUAAAGGAAUUGAUGAAAAGUAAGUUUUCUUCUACCAAAGAAAGGUAUGUUUGGGUUGGAGAUGGAUUUCAAUCUCCCAAUCAUAUUUACGUAAAAGAAACUGAAACCGAUAUAGAUGAUAUGAGACCACUUUUGCACAAACUUCCCGCAGAACUCUCGAGCCUUCAAAACUUCUUUGUUGAAAUAGGCUGCCGAAAAUCGCUUGAUUUUGACAUGUACUUGGACACUCUAUACAGAAUAAAGGAGGAAAGUGAAACCGAACCAGUGCGGAUCCCGCAUGUAAAACUCAGAAAACUAGCUAUUGCUAUUUUGAAUAAGAUACACGAAGAUUUUACAGUUCAAUUACGCGACAGUAAGAAAGAACUGUUCUUUCCAGUUGUCCACGAAGAAAACGAAAACUUAAUGAUGAAAACAACAAAACAAUGCACUUUCUGUGACGCACAGUGGCUGAAGGAUAUGAACAUCGCAAUGGAUGACGAUAUAUUUUAUGUUCAUCCAGAGGUUCCAUCAACAACUGCAGAAUCUCUCGGAGUCCCGUCAUUGCGACAACAGAUGUUGUCAAACACUGAGGCAUUUGAGGAAUGGGGACAGGAGGAGCCGUUAACACGACGGUUAAGAAACUUGCUGGACGACGGAGGAUAUGCCGAGGGAUCUGUUGUUAAAGAAUUAUUUCAGAAUGCUGAUGAUGCAAAAGCUAGUGUGCUUUACAUUUUAUAUGAUGAGCGGGAGAACAAUGAAGCAAAAUCACAGCUUAUCAGUGACGGUAUGGCAGAAUGUCAGGGUCCGGCUCUAUGGGUGUACAAUGAUGCAAAAUUUACUGAAGAAGAUUUCAAAAACAUCACGAAGUUGAGCGGAGGAACGAAAGAAAAUGAUUCAACUAAGAUUGGAAAAUUUGGAUUGGGGUUUUGUUCUGUCUAUAAUGUAACUGAUGUGCCCAGUUUUGUGUCCGGUGAUAACGUUGUUAUCUUUGAUCCUCACACAACAUUCUUGGGCAAGGCCUUACCUGGUAACAGUCCUGGUUUAAGAAUUAAUUUUCAUGUUAUGAAAAAUCGUAACAUGAUGAAAAAGUUAAAGAACCAGUUCAAGCCAUAUGAUAGAAUAUUUGAUUGUAAAUUGACAGACGGUGUGGCCCCAAGUAUAAACGGCACAUUGUUCCGUUUACCUCUCAGAAACAAAGCAAGUGAGAUAGCCGAUAUAGCUUACACGCCAUCUAAAGUGAAAGGCUUACUUGAGAAGUCCAUGUCGAUGGCAGCAAACAUGCUUCUUUUCAGUCAAAAUGUAACAGUUGUGAAAUUAUUCCACCUUCAUAAAUGUGAAAAGGAUCCAUUAAAACGCGAGAUUCUUUAUGAAGCGCACAAGGAAGCAAAAAAGAUGCAUUCAGAUUCGAAUUUCAUUUACACUGGUCCAGUUGUAGCAGAAGCUUCCACAAGAAAGAACAAAAAGGCAUUGUCCGAAAAUCCACUUUCCUUAGUUGAGAAAGUCAGCAUUAAAGUUGUACUAUAUACGGGCCCCACAUUUGACAUUCAGCAUAGUUAUAACAUGGACAAAACUGAAACUGUGAGCGACUGGUUGGUGUGUUGGACAACGGGUUCAUCUGAAAAGAUGAUAAAAUUAAUUUAUGAGAAAAAGGGUGCAAUUAACCUUGGAGCAGUAGCAGUGCCAGUCAAAUUCAGCCGAGGUCCGUCCGAAGAAACAGGAGACUUAGAAAUAUGUACUUUGGCUGACCUGCCAAAAGGAUUUUACCAAAAGGGACAUUUAUUUUUCUUCCUUCCUUUACCCAUAGAACACAAGUUUGAAUUCCAUGUAAACGGUCAGUUUGCAGUAACUACAAGCAGACAGCAACUACAAAUAUCCACUGAAGAUAACACAAAUCAGGAAACAAAAGAAUGGAACGAAAGCCUGCUUAUCGAUCCGGUUACUCGGGCACUUUUGUAUUUAUUAGAAAGCCUUAGAUCUCUAGGAAAAUUAAAAAACUACAGCUAUGACCAACUUUGGCCUAGAAACGAAAUUGAUCCUACACUGAAAUGCUUACAACAUUCAUUUUAUCAGAACGUUGCUAGACCUGAUAUCUAUAAAAUAUUUGAAAAAGAUGGAAACUGGUUUGAUAUUUCAAGAUGCGUAUUUAUUGACUUAAAUUUCCGACAGUCUUGUGUCGGUGAUAUAGCUUUCGAGUUUUUGUCAUUACUUACAAAGUGCGUCAUAGAAGUGAAGGAUGAUAUAUACAGUUCACUGCUAGGAGCUCAUAUGGAACUUAUUCAAGAAAGAACGGUUACAGAAGAGCAGUUUUUCCUGAGACAUUUUUUUCCCAACUUGGACAGAUUUCAAGGAGAACUUGAAAUUAUUAGGAAAAGAAAUUUACUUUUAUGCUAUGCCAUCAAAUGUAGCUUAAAAUACAGUUCAAUAACAAACUGGCUUAGAUCAAAUAGAUGUAUACCUUCUGUACCAGAUGGUCUUCUGCGAUGUCCGAUGGAGCUGAUAGACCCUGAUUCUAAAUUAUCAGUACUCUUUUGCCCCUCUGACGGUCGUUUUCCGCGUGCUGAGUUUACUGAGACUAGCAUUUUAGAGCCAUUGAGAAAUAUAGGUUUGAUAAGCGAUUUUCUUUCAGAUAGCCUCGUUGAUGACAGGGCACGAUCCAUCCAAACUUUGCAGGGCAAGUGCUCUACUUGUGCUACAGAAAGAGCUGGUCACUUAUUAGCUUAUCUUUGUGAAAGUAGCUUGAAGCAUAAAGCAGCUUUCUCAAAACUUCAGGAGAUUCCAUUUAUUCCUGUAAAGUGUAAACCGCCUGACUGGCAAUUCCAGUGGUAUGCUGACAAUCCGUACGACGGUGAAAAAAAUAUAGCCUGUGACGGACAACAUUCGUUCUAUGAAUUCAGAGUUGAAAAGUUUACAAGUAUUUUGAACAUUUUUCAUAGCAGCUGUAAAGACAUUGUCGGCUGUGUUGCGUUAGUGUUUGAAGAAAGAGCAUGCUGUGUUUCUGAGAGAGCAAUAAUGGGUAACAAAAUCAGCAAUUUUCUGAAGGAGAUAGGCAUGAAAGGCUUACCGGUGGCAAAUGUGGAAAUAGAGGUUGUUCUAAAUCAACUUGAAGCAGUGGCAUCUCAGAGGAUCAAAUUUACCUCUAAUGAAGUAGUUCUGCGUAGCAUCUAUAAUCAUUUGGAAGAUGCGUGUACCGACCCGUUUAAUUCUGAAAAACUUGCCCAGCGAUUGAAGGAUAAGCAAAUAGUUUAUGUAUCGCAUAUCUUUACGUUCCCAAAAAAUAUGACGAAGCAUAUUGAGAAAGACUGCAAGCCUUAUAUUUUUAGACUGGAUGACUCCCCACUCAGACAUUGCUCAAACUUAUGCAAGAGCUUAGGAAUUGUUGAUACCUUUGACCCGAUUGAUUUGGCUUUAAUUGUUCAACAAGUUAAACUAGAUCAAGCCGACACACCUCUGACACCUAUCGAAAUUAAUGCAGUCAUAAACAUUCUGACCUGUUUUGAGAAGAGUAUUACAACUAAAGGGACAGUUAAAAGUGUAAUUGGGGAAAAGGUCAAAGGUAUCUUUGGACCCGAUGACCAGGGCAUAUUACGUGACUGUUCCACAAUGUGCUUCAAUGAUUUCGAUGAAAUAGAAAAGAGUGAUACAAUGAUAUAUGCACAUAAAGAAUUUACACAUCACCUUGCGAGACGACUUGGUGUGAAACCAAAAGCAGUUCAGAAUCUUGAGGAUCAGUCUGAAGACAUAGAGGACUUUUAUCAGGAAGAACCAUUAGUUACUCGUUUGCAGAGACUUGUAGAAGGGUACCCCUGUGACUCCGGAAUAUUUAAAGAGCUUUUGCAAAAUGCAGACGACGCAAAGGCAACUGAAAUUGCCUUCUUAAAGGAUUAUAUAUCGCAUCCUGUCGACAAUAUAGUAGAUUCUGCUUUUGAGCCCUUACAAGGACCAGCCCUUUGUGUAUUUAAUAACAGUUCAUUCUCAAAAAAGGACUUGAAAGGGAUACAGAAACUAGGGAGAGGAAGUAAGUCAGAUGAUCCGUCACAAACAGGUCGUUAUGGUGUUGGCUUUAAUGCGGUUUACAACUUGACGGACGCCCCUUCGUUCUACACAAAAGGUGAUGAAAUAGAAAAUGGAGAAACAAUCUGCUUCUUUGAUCCUCUAGCAAAAUUUAUUCCUAACGUUUCGAGGCAAAGGCCAGGAAAAAGAUACAAAAAUAUCAAAUCGAUAAAGCGUCAUCAUAGUGAUAUGAUGAAUGGGUAUCACGAAAAUUAUUUCUUGUGUGAACAAGGAACUGUAUUCAGAUUCCCACUAAGAACACCGGAAAUGGCAAAAUCUUCAGACAUCAAGCAAGAACCUGUGGGAAUGGAUACUGUUACCAAACUUCUCGAUAAGUUUUGCAGCGAACUCGGAGAAGUUGUUUUGUUUUUAAAGAAUCUUAGAACCGUUCGCGUUUUAACACACAGUUAUCAAGGGUAUGAAGAGGACUUUUCUAUUACUUUAGAUCUGACUGAGAAAGAUGAAUUGAAAAAAGAUGAAAUAACACGUUACAGUAGCGAAUUAUGUAAAAAUAUCGAGCACAAAAAGGAAAGUGUUUUAACGUCUCCGCAGAAAUCGUUCAUUUACGAGCUCUGUGCUACAGAAAGAAUGAAAGGGAAAGACAGUGUCAAACGAUAUAUAAUUGUACAAACGCUUGGUUUCAAAGAAAACAAUAUUCCGCUUAUACUAAGACAGGCAUUACUUGGUGGAAAAAUCGGCCUUUCUCCGCAAGGUGGUGUUGCCUUAUGCACAGGGAGUAUCGACACUGACCCAUCAAAUUACAUUUUUGAAAAUGGUACAGUUUGCAAAGCAUUUUGUUUCCUACCACUUCCUAUCAAAACCGGAUUGCCCGUUCACGUACAUGGAUAUUUUUCGCUUGAUCACGAAUCAAGACGUACAUUAUGGAAAUCUGACACGGCUGAAACUUGCUAUAGAACCUUGUGGAACAAUUCAUUGAUAGAAUUGGUAAUCUCACCAGCUUAUGUUAAGCUUCUUGAAUAUAUUAAGGAAAAAAUGUUUGAAGGCGUCACUGAAUGUCGAAAGCCGUUUUGGGAGGUUUCACGUCUUGUCGCUAAUUAUCAGACACUAUUUCCGUUGGAUUGCAAAAUCAAUGAUUCCUACUGGAAGCAUCUUACGUGUUGCGUGUACAAGGAGCUGAGAGUUGAGAGCAUUUCCUUUCUCCCAUGCCAGAGCACAACGUGGUACUCCAAUAAGAAAACGACUACACUGUCUUGGACUCCUUUCAGAAUUAUUGGUCACACUUACCCAACCUAUCUGAUGCAAGAGUCAUCUAUUGUUGACUCAGAAAGUAAUCAUACAUCUGAUUUUAAUAACAUUCUAAGACGAAUAGGAAUGAAGAUAGCUUUUGUAACAGACGCAAUGAAAACAUCAAUGAACGAUGCAGGGCUUGAAAUAUCAUGUGUAAGUCCAGAAACACUGAUAGAUUUUCUGGGUACUUUUAAUUCAUCAAAUACCGACAAAUGCAAGAUAAAGACCGCCGAAUAUAUAAAACAGUCAGUGUUAAAUUCAGUUCGAGAUGUUGAAAGGAUUUUAGAAUUUUGCUUGAAGAACGCGGAUUACCUCCUCAGAAAUUUGAAUGACAUUCCGUUGAUGGUUACACAGGACAACGUAGUUCAUACUUUGCCAGACACAGGACAGUUCUAUGUUAUACAUGAAAGGUCGGGCAAAUUUAACCGUUUUUUUCCAGCAAAGGAACAUAUGUUCUUAACAGGUAUUGUUGCAAGCUUGUUGUGCCAUAAGUACAAGAAUGUGUUGCACACAAUCCCUUCAUUAAAGCAAUUUGGGCUUCGAGAAUUUGUUUUUCUUGUGCAAGAAACGGGUAUUAUAAGCAAAAGAGACCAUUACUCGACCUGGAAUAAAGAAACCCCACCUGUAUACUGGAUUACAUUAUUUUGGGAGUUGUUUGAGUAUAGUUUUCCUUCUGAUAUCCCUGAAGGAAAACUGGAAUUUGCUAAAGCUCAGAUACAAAUAGUUAGGUCUUUCCCAUUGAUACCUGCACAUGAGGUAUAUGCUGAACAAGCAUAUCUUGUACCACCAUGUGACAUGAAAAGACUCAUGAAUAUUGAAAGUUUCGACACGUACCCUCACCUUCAGAAAAUAUUUUUGAUAUUGAAUAUACCUCAGAUAGAUAAAACAGUUUUUAGUCGAAACCGGGAAGGAACGUCGGAAAUGUUGGCAUGUUUGAUGGAACUCAUUCCGAACUGUAAGCAACCAAACGAUGUUAUAGAGUGUCUACAUAUAAAUAUUCAAAACCUCUACAGUUCCUGCAUUAGCAAUAGUCAAGCCAGAUCUAUUCUUGAAUACUUCAAUCUAACUCACAGACGUUUAAACGCAACUGACAAAUUGCGAGAUCUGCCUCUUUUCGAGACCCAUUUUGGUAAGAUAGUUGCGCUUUCCAAAUACACGGAAAAGAUAUUCGUAGAAUAUAAUAUACCAAAAGACGGCUUAGACAAAAUAACUGCCGGAAUGCCAGAUGUUAUACUACUUAAGGAUACGGGGCUGCUGCAGUUAUUUGAAUGCUUGGGAAUAGAGACUUGUUCAUGGACCAAAGUUUAUGAAAGGUAUAUCAUACCAAAUCAAGAACAUCUCCAGAGAGAGGAAUUUUACAAACAUAUAGAAUUUUUAAGUCAGCAUGUAUCGUCAAUAGAAUUCUCUGAUUCUCGCCUCGCAGCUUUGCUGCAGAAAACUGCAUUCAUUGAAACGUUAGAUGGAAGGAGAGUAAAAGUAAGUGAGCUAUUUGAUCCUUCUCAUUCCGUUUUCAAAAUAAUGUGUGAAAAGUUUGAACUUGUGCCGGGGCGUUUUAGAGUAGACAAUGUGUUGAAAUUCCUUAGGCUGAUAGGCUUACAGACACAAAUGACCACGCAACUAUUUAUAAAGUUUGCCAGAAAAAUUGAAAAAAGUGGAAAUAACAUGGAUACCCCAUCUGGAGAGGUUUCUAGACAGUCAAAAAUAUUGAUAUCUCAUCUCUUUCAUAUGAAAGAAGCUUUCUUUGACCAGGAAAUACUUGAUGAACUUGCAGGAAUCAAUUUCAUAACUCCGUUUGUUGUAGAUGAAAACAUGUCUGCUAUUCACCCACCGUUUAACAGCAACAGGCUUAUGUGUUUUGAAGGUGCUGUUUUGAAAUCAUCUCAGCAUAUAUCAUGGACGAUAGCGAGUAUACUACCUGAUGAGGCAGAUCCAACUAAGAAGAAAUUUGCUGAUACAAUUAUUGAUAAGUUGCACAUUAGUAAGGCUCCUAGUGUUAAGAAACUUAUUCAACACUGUACAAACAUUGGUAAAAGUUUGGAUGAAAAAUCGGACCAUACAACAUCACUUUGCCAUUCAACUGUGAAAGCCGUUAUGACAUCCAUUUAUCAAGCUUUAGAUGAACACCGCCAAACUGGUAUCCUGACGAAAGAUUGCGUAAGAGCCUUUGAAAUGGUUCCGAUUAUAUAUUCGUCAGAAUUAAAAAACAUACUCAAGGCGAAAAGAGUUGUCAAUUCUUGUAAAGAUGAAGAAGAAAUACCACCAUAUUUGAAUAAAUGCCCGAGUGAUUUUGCUCAGUACCACAAUUUGUUUUUAUUCCUAGGUGCUGAAAAGGAACCGACAGCUUGUGUCUUUGCUGACGUUUUAAAUAACAUUAAAAACAACUGUGGUGCUUCCACUAGACUGUUGCCAAAGGAGAGCUCUGAUGUGAAGAAAGCAAUGCUAUUCUUGUUUCAAUACCUUAUUCAGCAGAGCGAAGAAUUACAUUUAAAAGACAAUGAUCUAUUUCUUGUAAGUAAAGAUGAGACUCUUGAGGCUGCACAGAUGCUUAUCUUUGGAAACAAUAAAUAUUACGAAAGACAGCUGAUAGAAAAUUCCAUCAGACACGUGAAACUACUCCAUCCAAUCGAGAAACUUCCUGGGUGCAAACUGAAAGUAGAAGACUGUGUGGAUAGUCUUCAACGUCUUCCACCCAAAUGUAGGCCUCACUUGUUAACGGAUUUAGUCAGGGAACGAGUUAUUCUUAGCAAUAUUGCAAAUAAAGACGCAAAAUGUGCGAACGAAAUCGAAACAUUUAUUCACAGUCGCCAUUUCUGCAAAGGAUUUCUUCGGUUGAUUCGACAUGUAUACAGGUCAAACAACAAAACCUGGAAUGACAACGAAGAGAGGAGAUUGGCUACACUAGUAGAGAACGUCAGUUUCCAACACGCAUCUGGAAUAGAAACAACUUUGUCAUUGGCUUGUAUAACAGACGGUGAAGUAGGCGAUGAAAUAUUGAUUGGAAACACGAAAGAAGCGAAAUCUGUCCAUUUGGAGAUAAAUGGAAACAAGGUUUGUAUUUACUUUGACACAUCGGAUCAAAAAUGGUGUUCAAACCUAACCAAACAGUUAACUGUCUAUCUAAAUAGUCAAGUAAGCAAAUGCUUAAAAGAUGAAACAUUGAUGAUACUGAUGGAUAUGAUCGGAAUGAAGGAAUUACUGACAAGUAUAAAUGAUUUUCUAAGCAGAGAGAAAAUUGAAGAAUACGAGAUAUCAAUCGAAAUAAACGAGGGUUUGACAUAUCCAGUACCAGGGACAUUUGUUCCAAAAUGCUUACAUGACUACUUGGAUAAUGACUAUGGUGUCAUUUACGAAUAUGAAUACAAGUUCAUUGCGUUCGAAGUGGAAGAUCCAGCAUUUACAGAUUCAGAUGAGGACAUAGAUGAAGUAGAUAGAGAUAUUGACCCUACUUAUAUUUUCAUUCAUAUAAUCAGAAAAUUGGAGCAAACUACCGAAUUACCUUUGUUUCAAGAGUAUGAAAUAAAUGACGGAACAGAAAACCCACGAACAGUUAAAGCAUAUCAACUUUAUAAAUUUGUUCGAAAGAAGGUAUCGAACAGCACCAAAGAUAGAGAAAUAGCGGUUUAUGAAAGACAUUUCAAUGGUGGUAAGGAUGGAUCUUCAUCUAAAGGCACCCUAUCUUUCAAAGAGGCAAGGAGAGAAAUAAGAAAGUAUCUUCGUGAAGCAUGGACAAAACCAGAAAUGGAAAGACGAAAAAUUGUGAAAAGAUUACUUUUGAAGUGGCAUCCUGAUAAAAACCCAAACAAUGUUGAAAUUUGUACAAAAGUUUUUCAGUACAUACAGCAAUGUCUUUUUCGUCUCGAAAAGGGUCAGGAUUUGAUAGAUGAUGACGAAAAUGAUACAGACAGUAGUUCCACUGACGGAAGCCAAUAUAGCCAGAACUGGUCAACGUCAUGGCAAGGGCGGUUUUGGAGACGACAUAACAGAAGGAGGCGAAACAAAAGAUGGUCAAAUAAACCCUUUGAAGAUUUCGAUGACUGGUGGUCCUUUAAAAGAACUCAAAAUACCGAAGAGGACGAACCCUAUCAUUGGUAUUCAGAGGCUCGCCGCUGGAUGAGACAAGCAGAAUCAGAUAUUCAAAACGCUGAAGCUUCUAUGCAAGACUUACGGAACCAUUCCUUUAACUGGACUUGCUAUAAAGCACACCAGGGCGCCGAAAAAUCUCUGAAGGCUGCAUGGUAUGCAGAAAAUGCGAACAAAAUACAGAGAGUGAAAUACAGUCACAAUCUGACCAGUAUUGCGUCAGGAUUACACUCGGAUAUCGCUGAAAUGGCAAGUAGAUUAUCCUCUGAAGCCGGUGAUCAUUCCCGAAUGAGAUACCCGGACAUGUUUAGUGGACAGCAGAUACCAGCAGACGCAUACACAAGAGAAAACGCUGUGAACGUUAUACGAAUUGCAAAGGAAAUAAUCAGUGCCGUGUACAGUAAGCAUAUCAAAUGAUGAGUGUUUAUGUUGCUUCAUACAUCAAACUGCCUGGCGGAAGGUCGGUGUUAAUACACAGGUCUCCAAUCUUCUCUACAAUGAUGCCCGCAUUGACUUAGUUGAGGAUGAGUUGCUAUAUAUCAGUAGCGGCGUUGUUUUGACACCGAAUUUCCACGUUCAUGUAUACUUUGGUAGUUUAAUUAGAUAUCGGUGCAGGACUUACGUUCAUCUCCAACAUAAUAUAGUUCUGAAAAGUUAUCUUUAUGAGCCAUACUUCAGAUACGUGUAAAGUUUAGUUUACAGAUUACUAUUGAAAAACCAUACUGCUGAGAAACCAUAUUGUCAUAUGUAAAUAUUUUCAGAUUUGUUCGUAAAAUUGUCAAACAUAUGUACAUAAAAUGUAUUGCAGUGAAAAUACUGUAGUCUUUACUCUAGUUUUGGAUAAAAAGAACGUAUAUUAAACCUUGGUAUGAAUUAUUUUUGCAUGUUUCGGCCUAUUAAAAUUUGUUUUAUGUAUGUAUUUUUAAAAAAGUUAUUUCUAAAUCAUUUAAGUUGCGUUAUUGAAAUUAAUGUUCAUGUUUUAUGCAUAAAUUUUAUGAUACAAUUUGAAAGCGUCUUUUGGGACACACGUUCCUUCUUUUUAAGACACUUUGUCAACACUGUGAAAACGUAGUUUCGCUCAUGCGGAAAAUUAAUUACACACUUUGAUUCCAUUUUGCUUCGUAUCUACUUCUGUUUUGCACUGCAUAACGAUACCUUAAAUGAAUAUCCAGGCAUUUUUAGUUAAAGAGAUUAAUGUUUUAUUUAUGCUACUGUACUCAAUCAAUGAAAGGAAAGAGAAAAUAUGGUGUUAUCGAAUUAGUUUAAGAUAAUUUUAUGUAUAAAUAUUUCAUACUUAACAACUACGAACAUAUGGUAAUGUUGCACACGUGUUAGCAGAUUUUUUUAAAGUUGAAAGGAAAACUGUGGUAACUAAUAUUAAAUAAAGAAGGUGUUGUAGAGUCCGUUCAUCACUCGAUUUGCUUAAGCCUAGUUUAUGAUUUAGUAGAUUUUUAUAUACUAGUACAUAUUCCAAUUUCAUAUAGCAAUACGUUCGUCUCUAGUGUAGGUUAAUAACGUAUGUGUUGUUAUACUUUUCAAAAUCUGUAUUUAUAUAUGCUCGUCACUUGUAUAUGGUUAUGCUGCACAUGCUGAUGAAUUUCUGUAACUAUGUAUUCCAUUUUCAAAUUCAAAUAUGCUCUUUUUCUUGUAUAUUCUGUUGUUAAGAGUAUUGAUAGAUUUUUUACUUGAUGAAUUUCAUUAACAUUUUCACAGUUACAUCUGCUCAUCUCUAGUGUAACGUAUUUGUCGCAAAUAUUGAUAGCUGUUUUCUAUAUGUACUUUUUCCAUUUUCUUUUAGGUAUAAGCUCAUCUCUUGUAUAUAGUAUGUGUUGCAGCAGUGUUAAUAGAUUUGUAAAAACAUAUAUAUUGAAUUCUAAUAUUUAUGAUUGUGUCUCUAGUACAUAGUUAUGUUGUACGUGUUUUUUAUAUUUUUUUGAAAUGUAUUUUCCAUUUUUGUAUUUAGAUAUGCUUGCCUUCAGUAUUUCUACAGUUUUGAUAAGCUGUGAGACUGUUUAAUUCCGACACCUUUUGCAGAUCGCUGAAAUGAAAGCAGCUAUAUAGUACAGUAUUGUAUAUACAUGUAGUUUAGUUAUUUACAUUAUGAGAUAGGUUGUUUGACUGAUAUUAUGUAUAGUCUAGUUGCUUAUAUUGUGAGAUAAUUUGUUUGACUGAUAUUGUAUAUUGCCGAGUUGCAUAUAUUGUUAGAUACUUUGUCUGACUGAUAUUGUAUAUUGUCGAGUUGCGUAUAUUGUUAGAUAGUUUGUUUGGCUGAUACUGUAUAUUGUCGAGUUGUGUAUAUUGUUACGUAGUUGUAUAUAGACGAGUGUGUAUAUUGAUAGGUAGCUUAUGUGAGUGAUAUUGUAUAUUGUCUAAUUGCGUAUUUUGCUAGGUAGUUUUUUGACUGUCAUUGUAUAAAGUCUAGUUGCGUAUUUUGUUAGGUAGCUUAUUUGACUGACAUUGUAUAUUAUCUAGUUGCGUAUAUUGUUAGUUAGUUUGUUUAACUGACAUUGUAUAUAGUCGAGUUGCGUAUAUUGUUUAAGUAGUUUAAUUGACUGACAUUGUAUAAAGUCGAGUUGCGUAUAUUGUAAGGAAGCUUAUUUGAUAGACGUUAUAUAUUAUGUAAUUGCGUAUAUUGUUAGGUAGUUUGUUUGACUGAUAUUGUAUGUAGUCGAGUUGCGCAUAUUGUUAUGUAGUUUGUUCGACAGCUUUUAUAUAUAGUCGAGAGCGUAUAUUGUAAGGUAGUUUGUUUUACUGAUAUUGUAUGUAGUCGAGUUGCGUAUAUUGUUAGACAGUUUGUUCGACUGAUAUUAUAUAUAGUCGAAAGCGUAUAUUGUUAGACAGAUUGUUCGACUGAUAUUGUAUAUAGUCAAGUUGCGUAUAUUGUUAUGUAGUUGGUUUGACUGAAAAAGGUGUAUAGCUGGGUGCAUAUAUUGUUAGGUAGUUUGUUUGACUGCUAUUGUAUAUAGUCGAGUUGCGCAUAUUGUUAGGUAGUUUGUUCGACUGAUAUUAUAUAUAGUCGAGAGCGUAUACUGUUGGGUAGUUUGUUCGACUGAUACUGUAUAUAGUCGAGUUCGUAUAUUGUUAGGUAGUUUGUUCGACUGAUAUUUUAUAUAUCCGGACGCGUAUAUUGUUAGGUAGUCUGUUCGACUGAUAUUUUAUAUAUCCGGACGCGUAUAUGUUAGGUAGUUUAUCUGACUGAUAUUGUGUAUAGUCAAGUUGCGUAUAUUGUUAGGUAGUUUGUUCGACUGAUAUUGUAUAUAAUCAAGUUGCGUAUAUUGUUAGGUAGUUUGUUUGACUGAUAUUGUAUAUAGUGGAGUUGUGUAUAUUGUUGGGUAGUUUCUUUGACUUAUAUUUUAUAUAGACAUGUUAUGUAUAUUGAUAGGUAGUUUGUUUGACUGAUACUGUAUAUAGCCGGAUGCCUUUAUUGUUAGACAGUUGCGUAUAUCAAUAGAGUGUUUGUUUGACUUACAUUGAAUAUAGCCUAUAUGCGUUUAUAGUUAGGUCUUUUGUUUGGCUGAUAUUGUAUAUAGUUUACUUGCGUUUAUAGUUAGGUCUUUUGUUUGACUGAUAUUGUAUAUAGUGGAGUUGUGUAUAUUGUUGGGUAGUUUCUUUGACUUAUAUUUUAUAUAGACAUGUUAUGUAUAUUGAUAGGUAGUUUGUUUGACUGAUACUGUAUAUAGCCGGAUGCCUUUAUUGUUAGACAGUUGCUUAUAUCAAUAGAGUGUUUGUUUGACUGACAUUGAAUAUAGCCUAUAUGCGUUUAUAGUUAGGUCUUUUGUUUGGCUGAUAUUGUAUAUAGUUUACUUGCGUUUAUAGUUAGGUCUUUUGUUUGACUGAUAUUGUAUAUAGUCGAGUUGCGUAUACCAUUAUGUAGUUUGUUCAAAUGAUGUUUAUAUAGUCGAGUGCGUAUAUUGUUAGAUAGUUUGUUCGACUGCUUUUGUAUAUAGUCCAGUUGCGUAUAUUGUUAUGUAAUUUGUUCAAAUGGUGUUUAUGUCGCCGAGUAUUAAUAUUGUAGGGUAGUUUGUUCGACCGAUAUUGUAUAUAGUCAAGUUCGUAUAUUGUUAGGUAGUUUGUUCGACUGAUAUUGUAUAUAGUCAAGUUCGUAUAUUGUUAGGUAGUUUGUUCGACUGAUAUUCUAUAUAAUCAGAUUCGUAUAUUGUUAGGUAGUUUGUUCGACUAAUACUGUAAAUAGUCGAGGGCGUAUAUUUAAGAAAUAAUUUAUAGCAAAAGAGUGUUUUAACACUUAUUUAUGCACGAUGGGCGGUUAUACGUCGGGCGUAAUAAUUUCACGAGGGCGGAGCCCGAGUGAAAUUAUUUGUACGACGUGUUACCGCCCGAGUGUAUAAAUAGUGUUAAAAUACGGUUUUGGUAUAAAUUUUUUCGAUUCUAAUAUGCCCUUAAUCUAAAACAGUAGAUAAAAUAUAGUAGCGCUCUUUCUUAGUCGCAACAAAAACAAUGACGUCACCGCACGUUAACGUGACGUCAUUCUAGCGUAUGAGUGUUUUAACAGAGGAAAGCAUAUUAGAAUGUUGUAGGGAUAAUACAUGUUUUUGUGUAUUAACAUCUGCAGAAGCCCGUGGGAUUGUUUGUGACCGAGACCAAUACACAAAACAAACGUGUAUUGUCGCUAUUCUUGCAUAAAAAACAUUUCACGACGACUAAAUGUAUUGUUUUCAUACGUGAUGACUUUACGAUUCCGGUACAUUUUCUAAUUACCAUUCUGGUUGUUCUUGGAAACGGUAAACAUGUUUUAAAUAUCCGUAUCCAGAGCCCAGAAAUAAACAACACCAUCAGAAGAACAUCCUGAAGGUUUUUUAACGAUUUUUUUAAUCUCUAGUUAUUACAAACAUGAAAUUACCAAAAAUUGUUCAUGUAACUUAACAAUUUGAUGAACAGGAGCACAAUUUCAAGAAGAAUAACUUUACAUUCGAGUUAAACUGUACGGACACAUUUGGAGUACGGAUGAGUACGAACGUAGUGUCAAGGUUUCAAAUUGUUUAUAUAAAUUCUUCUAGAAAUUAGAUAAAAAUAUACCGAUUGAUACUUACCAAAAUCAUAAAUAUUGUUCCUAAAAACAAACAAUCGUUCUAGUUACGUGCGAUUCUUAAACAUUCACAGUUACCUACAAAAACUGAAACGACGCCGAGUUCUAAAAGGGGAGUAAACAAGGGAAGAAGCGAGUACGAACAUUGUUGGGGGCAGCGCAUUUGGCGUUGGUAACUGAUACAGCAAAACAUUCUGUGGUUUAGAUUGCAUAUUUUAUGUUACAAGAAGAGGUUUUUAUGAAAGGAACAAGACGCAGAUACCAGAUGUCAGUCUGCGCAGAAAUACAUUUACGACCCUGGGAAAGCAUUUCAAAAAUAAAAAUCGGGUAUUAACAGCACGUGAAUUGCCUUGUUUGCACACGAUUUUUCUCCCGUUAAUACAUGGGCGGAUCCAGUGAAAAAAGUAGUUUUUAUGCAAGAAUAGUAGUUUGUUCGACUGAUAUUGUAUAUAGCCGGGUGCGUAUAUUGUUAGGUAGUUUGUUUGACCGAUAUAAUAUAUAGCCGGAGUUGCGUAUAUCAGUAGAGUGUUUGUUUGACUGAUAUUGUAUAUAGUCUUGUUGCGUAUAUUCUCAGCUAGCUUGUUUAAAUGCUGGUUGCAUACUUUGUUAGAUAAUUUGUUUGAUUGACACUGUAUAUAAUUUCAUUUUGCUGAAAUUUCCUUUUUCCCGAGCAUGUAUUAAAUUUGGUACGUGUUCUUUAAUUGUAUGUGCUUACAGUUUUGGACACAAUUAAAUUUUAAUGUAGACGAAUUACGCAGUGAGACACCAGUGAGUAUCAGGAUUUCCUGUUCUUUAUUUGUUUCGUAGCGAUUUUUGAGUUUGUUUUGUGAAGAUAAAGCUUUUUUAAAGUUGGAAAAUGUCGUUCAUUUUGAAGCAUUUUUAAGGUCUUGUCUUAUCGUGAACAUUUAAAUAUGCAAAACAUUUUUUACUGUUUUAAAAAUUGAAUUAAAGUUAUGUUUAAAAUAAGAGUUGUGUAUAUUUGGCCUCCUUGGCCGAGUGGUUAAGAUUGCUGACCAGCUCACCGCUGCGGGCUCGAAACUGCGCUUUAGGGGUAGACUUUUUAUGUCAGAAAGCUUAAAUUUGAUGAACAUUUCUAGAACGUUUUAUAAUGUAUAUUGUUAGGCUCAUUUCUGGUUAAUUACUGAAGUUUACGUUGGCCAACAGUUGUCGAACUUUGUCUGAUGGUUGCAUUUUGUACUGGUUCUGUGGUCAGUUUGUCGGUGGUCAAAGUCACAGUGACACCGAGACUGAAAACAGUUUGUGAUCAAUAACCAGAGAACACUUGUUCAUACUAAUUAAUGAAUCAGUGUGUCAAAGGUCAAUGUCACAAUGACUUCGAGACAAAACGCUUUGCGAUCAAUAACUAGAGAACUCACCAUUAGGAAAGUAUCCUAUCGUUAGUUGAUGACGCACUGUUUGAAGGUUCCAUAAGCCAAACAUUAAGUUCACAGCAUAUUUGAGACUGAAUAUUUCACACCCAGUUGCCUGAUGUCACCUUUUAACAAAUGUCAUGGGAACAUGUAAUGCAAUCUUAUUCACUUAGCAGGGUACUACAACUUUAUGUACAUAAAAGACUUGAUAAUUUUGACAUGCGUUAAUGCAUCUUAGUACUAUUUUCAGGAACAUAUGCAUGUAUACAAACAGUAUUUAGAUACAUGUAUGUUGUUUCAAAUAGUUUAUGGAUUGCUAAGCUGUUUGUUCUUAUUUAUAUUUAUGUGUUAUAUCUUAUGUUUUUCUGUGGUUAACUGUAAUAAAACAAUGGAUUAUAGUUCGAUAAAUUCACUAAUUCAAACGGUGAAUUUAACAAAUACAUGUAUAACUUCAGUGUUACAGCUGUACACUUGAAUGUGGAACAAAAUGUAGAUUGUAGACUGUGAUUGUAGAUGCUGUGAAAUUCUUAUACCUUCUAUAUGUGAUGUCUAAUCGUGUAAAUGGGGUAUCCAUGGGUUUCCAAAUUACUCAUGGGUUCAUUUUUAACUGAACUACCAUUAAAAUGCAUGAAAUAAAAGAUGCGGGUUGAAAAAUCAAAAUUUAUUUCUUUUUAUAGACACAGUACAUGAUAUUUUUUCAAAUACAUGAAAAUAUUGCGCUAGGCUUUCUCUUGAAAAAUAUAGUUUGAUCUUCCCCGGGAUCUUCCCCGGAGUUUUUCUUUUAGAAAUAUACACUCGUUCUGUUCUAGUGUAUUUUUAUCACACAAAAAAAGAUAAUAAUAGAUGAAUAAUAUUUUUGGUAUAAUGCUAUUGUAAUGUUUAAAAUGUUAAUUUGUCUUUGUUUAAGUUACAAUAUUUUACCGCACUUUUUGUGAAGUCAUAACUCGGGAGUUAUAUUGCAGUUGUUAUAAUAUUAAAAGAGGAAAGUACAAAACAUCAUCAGAUAGUUUAAAACGGAUUGAAAUGUUGGAAAUAUCAAAAAUCAUAAAUCAGAAUUAUCUAAGCUGAUUUAUGUUAGUAAAAUAUUACCACAGCUAAAUUCUUACAUCAAUUUUUACUGAGUGACUUCCGCAGUAGAUAUGUUUAAACAUAUUUUCAGACUACACAAAUGUUUUCACGUGUUAGUGCCUAUUUUGGAUGCAAGGAAUGUUUAUUUUUACAUCUGAGUUAUUCUAUGGCCGACAACCUAAGAUUACUGUGCUGGUGAUUGUAUUGUACAGGUCAUACGUCGUAGUGCAAAGACAAAAGUGGUGUCUAAAUCGUUUUAGUAUUAUAUUAUUGCUGCAUAUAUGUUACUAAGACGUUUGUAGUUAAACAGUACAAUGUUUAUUACAAUACGUAAAUUUUAGUUAAAAUGUAUCAUUUAUGUUUCAUACUUGUAGCAUAAAUUGAUGCAUACAAUUUAUAUUUCGUCUAUGAAACUGCAUGUUAUGCGCAUGCAUUUUGUCGAUGGUAUUUGUUAAGAUCAAAUAGAAUUAUGCAGAAUUAAAAACAAAAACAAAUUGAAA